GUGCAACUUAAUUGUAUCAAAGAUAUGAAACAAUUAUUUCCUCAAUUUGAUAUGACGAUCAAUAAAGCAGAUGGUGUCUGCACGAAAGUUUCAAGUGAUAAAGAAGUUGUUUUUAUAGAAGUAGCGGGAGGUCCAGAGGUUACUUGUGCAGUAACAAAGCAUGCAAGAGAAGAUACUGAGAAGCUAAUCAAGGAAGCAAUGUUUGGGCUUGUAUCUCUUUUGAGAGAUUAUUUAGACAAAAAUGUGGAGAAUUCAAUGAAUAUAUGCACAUAUAUGAUACAAGUCAUUGGUGAUCGAAUAACUCUAAGUGAACUUUGUCUCAAUAAGAAGCACUCUUAUAUGAUUUCGCAAAUUAAGUCGGCUAUAUUGCCAUUUUCAAUUGACGAGAUAGAAAAGUUCUUGGAGGUCUUCGAAUUACUUUAUGCUCUGAUUAAUAGGCUUGACGACCAAAAAAAAAGGCUAAAGAAGUUGAUGCUUUCCGAUAUUACUGAAGGA